GGGGGGAGAAGGGAGGCAGGGCAGCAAGGAGAGGCGCGGGAGAGCGGCGGAGCGAGGGGCAGCAGCGCGGCGAGCGGCGGCCGCGGGAGGGCCGCCCCCGCCGCCCGGGGCUGGGCGCUGGGCAGAGGCAACGAUGAUGGGCGGGCGCGGGGCGGCUCCGCCAGCCGCCGUCCUCCGAGCCUCGGCCGCCUCCUGCCGCGCUAUAUAGGGGAGGGAGGGGUGUCGGGGGGGGGCCCGGCGUGGCCAAAGCUCACGGGGCGGCGAUGCCUCCUGCCAAGGGAGAGCACAAGUGACCGGCGCCUCUUCCCAUGCCCGUCUCCUGAAGCGACACCCCCCCGUCCCGGCAUGGAUGUGACCAACAACACUACCUCCCCAGAGCGCUCCCCCGAGGGGGCAGGUGGCCCCGGCCUCGCCGAGGUGACCCUGGGCUACCAGCUGCUCACCUCGCUGCUCCUGGGCACGCUCAUCCUGUGCGCCGUGAGCGGUAACGCCUGCGUGAUCGCGGCCAUCGCCCUGGAGCGCUCCCUGCAAACCGUGGCUAACUAUCUCAUCGGCUCGCUGGCCGUCACCGACCUCAUGGUGUCCGUGCUGGUACUGCCCAUGGCGGCCCUCUACCAGGUGCUGAACAAGUGGACACUGGGGCAGGUCACCUGCGACAUCUUCAUCUCGCUGGACGUGCUGUGCUGCACCUCUUCCAUCCUGCACCUGUGCGCCAUCGCCUUGGACAGGUACUGGGCCAUCACGGACCCCAUCGACUAUGUCAACAAGAGGACUCCCCGGCGGGCCGCCGUGCUCAUCAGCCUGACCUGGCUCAUUGGCUUCUUGAUAUCCAUCCCGCCCAUGCUGGGCUGGAGGACGCCCGAGGACCGCUCGGACCCCGACGCCUGCACCAUCAGCAAGGACCACGGGUACACCAUCUACUCCACUUUCGGCGCCUUCUACAUCCCGCUGCUCCUCAUGCUGGUGCUCUACGGUCGCAUCUUCAAGGCAGCCCGCUUCAGGAUCCGCAAGACCGUCAAGAAAGCGGAGAAGAAGAAAAUCGCCGACACCUGCCUCACCCUCUCCCCGGCCACCCUGCAGAAGAAAAGCAACGGGGAGCCCGGCAAGGGCUGGCGGCGGACUGUGGAGCCCAGGACCGGUGCCUGUGUCAACGGCGCGGUGCGGCAGGGCGAGGACGGGGCAGCCCUGGAGAUCAUCGAGGUCCAGCGCUGUAACAGCUCCUCCAAGACUCACCUGCCGCUGCCCAGCGAGGCGUGCGGCUCCCCGCCGCCCCCCUCCUUUGAGAGGCGCAACGAGAAGAACACGGAGGCCAAGCGGAGGAUGGCUCUGUCCCGGGAGAGGAAGACUGUCAAGACCCUGGGGAUCAUUAUGGGCACCUUCAUCCUCUGCUGGCUGCCGUUCUUCAUUGUGGCGCUGGUCCUGCCCUUUUGUGACAGUAAGUGCUACAUGCCCGAGUGGCUGGGGGCAGUCAUCAACUGGCUGGGCUACUCCAACUCCCUCCUCAAUCCCAUCAUCUAUGCCUAUUUCAACAAAGACUUCCAAAGUGCUUUUAAGAAAAUUAUCAAGUGCAAAUUCUGCAGGCAGUGAAGCCCCCCGCUCCGGGACGGGGCAGCGGCUCCUGCUCCUGGCUCCAUCCUGCCUGCCCCCCGCUGCAAUGUGCCCCCCGCCCAGCCCCUCCCCAGCGCCGGCAGGAGGCCGGGGGGCGCCGGGUCCUCCUUCGCAGGGCGCCCUCGCCCCUCUGCCGAUCGGAAAAGGGCCGUGCCGGAAAGGGCAGAGCGGGGCUCCGCCGAUAGCAGCGAGGCGUCAGGAUGCGGCCCUCGGGGCUGCGCUGCAGCCUCCUUCCCCGCAGUCAUUCUGGGUAGGCUCUAGGGUUUUGCAGGUCGUUGCUUGUGGUCGCUGUAAAACCACGGCGUCUGCCCGAGUAGCAUCGGUAAAAAUAAACCACCCUAUGCAGAACACCGCCGUGUUGGGCUUUUUUUACUGCAUUUAAGUGGAGGCGGCGGUGGGCUCCAAGUCCGACCUCGCUCUGGUGCUGCGAGUGCGGAGGCUGAAAGCGACUCUCCCAGAGGAGGAAGGGGCUUUGGGCUUGAAACCGCCAAGGGGAUUUAUUUACUUGGGGGAACUGAGACCGUGGUUUGUAACCUUGCAAGGUACUUCCAGCAUCAUUCCCCCUGCCUUAUGUGUGUGUAACAGCUCUCCUGCUCUGUUAGGACCUUCCAGUUCAUCGGGCUUCCCUUGGUUACACCGCGGGGAGGGAACGGGCUGUUCCCACGCCUCAUUACAUGGAGAUGUGCAUUUUUUUAAAAUGCCUUGGAAAAGCUUGGCGCUGUGAGACCGUCUCUGAGUUCACCGUGCACGCGGCGGCACAGGGAGUUUGAGCAGCCGGCAAGUAGCAUUUCUUUAUAUAUAUAUAUAUAUAUAUUAUUUUUAUCUUUUUUGAAGCCGCUUGAAAGUUUCUCCGGAGACGUUGCUGUUUUUUCGGAGGCAGCCAGCUGCGGCACACUUUGCUCGGGAAAAGAUAAAAGAAAAGAAAACAACAACUACAAAAAAUAAAACAAACACAAACACAGCAGAACUAACCAAACCGGUCAACCAAAACUCUGCCAUGUGCUCCGUGGCAGUAGGGGAGGGGCUGACAGCAUCCCGGCGGCAGCCGCAGGUAGCGAAAGCGGCAUCUCUCAGCGCAGCCUGGAAAGGGGCAGGCUCUCUCCUCCCCCGGGCUAGCGCUGGCCAGGGUAAGCACGACCACCCCCCAAAACCAGAGCUCAGGCCAGAAGCGGGCAGUGCCAUUAAGGUGCCAAGGACAGGGAGAGGAGAGCCCCCACUUGUCUGCUCCCUGCGGCGGCUCAGCGAGCCUCCCCCCGCAGGGAUUCCCCCCUCUCCCGGUAAUCCCAACUGCUUCACCCCGGGCUGCUUCCCCGUCCCCUUCCCCGCCUGGCCCUGAGUGGCGGCAGGACGGCAGGACGGCAGGACAGACAGCCCGGCCCGCUCUGACACCCUGCCGGGACCCCUGCGACGGGCCGCCUGAACGGAAUGCUUGACCAAAUAUAUAUACACAUAGAUAUUUUCCUGUUUAGUUUGGUGUAAUCUAUGUUAACUGUAGGCAAAAGGGAAUGUUAAAUCUGCGCGUCGCGUGAAUGUAAGUGUCCAGUCGUUUCUAACUUUAACCGCUUACAUUAAACGGCAAUAGUGCUUUUAACAGCCUCGGGGAUAUAGCUGACUUUCUGAAAACCUUAUUCGACCUCAUUUUCGCAAUUAAAGUGGUUUCUGCUCUUA